CGUUACUAUCAGUUGAUGUACAUCAGAUUUAUUCAAAAUGCGGUGUCUUUGCAUUGUAUCCAUUAUCCUUAUCCUUUGUUGCUUAAUAAUAAAGGGACAACGUUUAAACUGUAGCAGAAUUCGUGAAAAUUGUGAGCCCUGUACCCGCCGUUUGGUGGAUCCCAUCAACAAUCUGGACUUUAUAAACAGGGAUUGCAGGGAAAGUGUCGGCGAACGUUGGAUUUGGCGUGAUGUAAGGCGUUGUGACAUGCAAAUUGUUGCCUGUGAAAAUCAUGACAGCAAACUGGAUUGUGAUACCGUGGCUAGGUUGGCUGGAAUGAGAAGGCGUCAUUAAUUUUAACUGAUUGAAUAAAUUCAAAACUCAAAAAGAAAAUGGAUUGCCUAGCUAUAGCCGAGCUCUCUGGCGUACUUAAAGAUAUGCCCGCCAGCAACAUGAUUUCCCGAAUCCAGCUAAAAUAUUAAAAGUGAUUUUGCCCAAAUAAAUGCAGAUUUGCGAAGGGAUUUGAGAUGGUUACUAUAGCCUGUCUGCCCGGCCAAUAAAGCGA